AUGGUCAUCAAUAACAAUGACGAUAUAUCAAAAUUGUUUGGUGAGAUGACUUUUAAUAAUAAUGGCCGUAAGUUAGUAAAUGAUCAAAAUAUAUAUGAUACUGAUUACUCAGACGACAGCAGUGAUUACGAAACACUUUUUGAUAAUGGAUGUUAUAGUAGAAAAGGGGUAAAUGAAAUUAAGGCUCAAAUUCAAACUCCUAACCAACAGAACAAAAACGUCAAAAUUAGGGAUUACCAACCAUCAGAGAAUGUAAUAAAAACAUUUAUAGACAAAGUAAAUACAGAUCCGUAUGAAGGGCCUGUACUUACUCAUGAAGCAUCUAAUAAACUGAUGGAAAGCUACAAAAAAGCUGAUGCCAUGCGAUUUAAUAAUAAAGACAAAUGUGACAGAGGUACAGCUGAACAAGUGAUGGAUCCAAGAACUCGAAUGAUAGGUACUAUUUAA